AACCAGCUAGUUUGGUUUAGCCUUGUAGGCUGCGGAGCUGCGAUGGAUGGAUUCGUUUCCCCGCUACGCUGCACGUAUUUGUUUUUAGUGUAAACAGCAUGCGGCCGAUUUUACUCGUGAACAUUUUCAGUGUCGUAGCGGGGAGCUGCUUACAUGCAGCGCAGUGGUAAUAAAUGACCGAGGCGGAACGAUUUCUUGUUACAGUUUGAAGAUUAACGCCGACUGAGCAGUUGUACAGCCUAGCUUAUUCUUUCUGUCGCAUUCUUGAAUCCUGCUUCAGGAAUGUUUUCCAAAAAGCCUCAUGGGGACGUUAAAAAAUCAACACAGAAAGUGUUGGACCCAAAGAAGGAUGUGUUGACGAGACUCAAGCAUCUCAGAAUAGUCAUAGAAAAUUCUGAGGCUCCAGAUCUGAAGCAGUUCUUUGACCUGUACUAUUCCCAUAUCUACUAUGUCUUCUUUGAAAACUUUGUCGCCAUUGAGGUCAGCCUCAAGCAGAAAGGUCAUAAAUCUCAGAGGGAAGAGCUGGACUCAAUCCUCUUCAUCUUUGAGAAAAUCCUCCAGCUCCUGCCGGAAAGAAUCCAGAGUCGGUGGCAGUUCCACAGCAUCGGAUUAAUCCUGAAGAAGCUGUUGCACACAGGAAACUCUCUAAAGAUCCGUCGUGAAGGCGUGCGUUUGUUCUUGCUGUGGAUGCAGGCACUGCAGAGCAACGCGGAGCACGAGCAGCUCUGCAUGUUUGCAUGUUUGAUUCCCGGUUUUCCUGCUCCACUCUAUCGUGGGACUCCACGCACCCUGGACACUCUGAUCAACCCACCGCUGAGUCUGGUGGAGACUCAGGUGACACCUGAAGAAAUCACACCAUUGGUUGCUCCUCAGUCAGGUGACAAAAACCAGGAAGAUCUCACUGCCUUCUUCCUAGAAGCUCUGCUGAAAUACAUGGUAAACCAGGCCAAGUCACUGGAGUGGCGGUAUAAAGAGAACCACGAACGCGGCUUCAACUUCCUCUAUGGUCACUUUAGGAAGUUUUACCUUCCUCAUAUAUUUCCCAACUUCGCCAUGGAAACAAGCCUUUACAACCCCAUCUUAGACGUCCCACCGAUGCGCUCUAAACCGUACUACAGCAUGGUGCGCAGGGAGCAGGAUGGUGGAGAAACGCUGUACUGCACCAAAGAGAGCUUCCUUCAGGCUCGAGUCAUCUUCAUCCGCUGGCUGGUUUCCUUCUGGUUAGAACCACGACCCAACACGCAGGCACACAUCCCAGGAACAGAAGGAGAGAACAUCCCUAAAAACCUACAGCGAGCAGCAGCUGGACUGGCCGCUCGCUCUGCAGGCAGCUCAGACGACGGCAGUGGAGGAGGCGUUCGGUCUGAGAGCCACCUGGAAGUUGGCGUUGGCUCCUUGGGGCCGACAGGAGGCAGUUUGGGGGUUUCUGGGGGUCCGGGAGGGGAACCCGAACAAAGCCACUCCAACACGUCCACGCUAACGGAGAGAGAACCCAGCUCCUCCUCCCUCUGCUCCAUGGAUGAGGAGCAGCUGACUGACAUGGAGGUGGUGAGGAGAGUCCUGACCAGCAACAGAACCAACGUCAACUUCAUUGUAGAGAUCUUUAGACAGGCGUUUCUUCUACCCAUGUGUGAGGCGGCUGCCAUGAGAAAGGUAGUUCGUGUUUACCAAGAGUGGAUCUCCAUGGAGGACAAGCCCGUGUUUAUGAAGGAGCCAGAAGAAGGGCCCUAUCCUAAACCUGCUGCCACCAGCGUGGACACAGGCUCUCAGCUUGGAGACAAAGAAGACGAGGUCAAAUGUCCUGCAGUCAGCCGCUCCAUCCGUCACACCGGCCACGUUAACACUGGAUGCUGUUUUUCUCAUUUUCAGGGAAUGAACAGAGAGGUCGACGGUGAAAUGCUGGAAUACAGCGUUCAUGCUGGAGUCCAAACAACAAUACAAGUUUUUAUAACACAUUCCUCCAACGUUUUCCUGCUGGAGCCUGCUAAUGACAUCAAGAUUCUUUUAGAGGAGCAUGUUGACAUGUGCAAGCGAGUCCUGAACAUCUACCGCAGCCUCGUCAUGCAUGAAACUAUGGACCAAAAGACAUGGGAGCAGGUUCUGUUGGUUCUGCUGAGAGUGACAGAAUCUGUAAUGAAGAGACCUCCGUCCAUCAUGCCUCAAGGCAAGAAGAGCAACACGCUGUCGGGCCGGCUGGCUGGGCCGAUAUUUCAGACCUUAAUAGUUGCAUGGAUCAAAGGGAACCUGAACGUUUACAUCAGCAGAGAACUCUGGGACGACCUCCUCUCUGUCCUCUCCUCUCUGACCUGCUGGGAGGAGCUGGUCACCGAGUGGUCGCUCACCAUGGAGACGCUCACAAAGGUGUUGGCGAGGAAUCUGUACAGCGUAGAUCUGAAUGAGCUGCCUCUGGACAAGCUCAGUGAACAGAAGCAGAAGAAACAUAAAGGAAAAGCUGUUGGUUCAGACGGCCAGCGGCAGGUUGUGGACCGUUCCUUCUCUAAAGGCUGGAGCAGAGACCAACCGGGUCAGGCGGCAGCCAUGAGGCAGCGGAGCGCCACGACUGCCGGUUCGCCCGGCAUCGAAAAGGCGAGAAGCAUCGUCCGUCAGAAGACCGUAGCCCUGCGUAGCUGUUCUACCGGCGACUCUCUGCUGUCCUCAGCCUUUAUCCGCAGUGCUAAGAGUGCUCCUGCUCUGGCUCCGCCUCUUCCUGUCCUCCACCACCACCCUUUUCUACCCCCCCUUGCCGACAAUCUGGCAGACCUCGAUGAUGCACCGAUCCCGCUGUCGUCUCACGCCACCCGAAUGCGCCACUCGUCCCAGAGCGACGAGGCUCCUCCCGCCUCCUGUUCUGAUGUCUUCCAGGGAGCGGCUUGUGACCUGGAUAUCCUAGGUCCAGCUUCUCUUGCCAGGAGCAGCAGUGCCUCUGACAUCAUGGAGCCCUUCAUCGCAGAGCGGGUCAAAGGUGAAGAGCCCCAGGGGGACCCCCUUUCAUUCCCAAAUCCUCCCCACCACCACUCCACAACUCCCUCCUUAGUCGCAGCCAACAGCCACACAGCUCAGCCACUCUCACAGUCCCUCACCUCCUCUACUACCACACCUUUUACCCUCUCCAACGGUGUUUCCAUAUCCUCAGAGGCACAAAAUGGUAAUGGUGUGUAUGACCAGCCUUGGCUCCAAAGCGGCUCUCAAAGCCAUGGUUCUGAGUGGGUUAGUGACUGGAACUCAGCCUUCACCUUUUCACCUGAAAAGGAAAUUGAUGCAGACGAGGGGGAAAUGGGGGCUGAGGUUGAGGAAGACGAUUUAUUCUCUUCUAUCAGGGACUACUUCAGUCACAAAGCAAGUGAAAGAAAGGAGGGGGCCGUAGAAGCGGAUAGUUCUGGUCAUGAUUCAGAAAACUGCAGUACUUUACCUGCAGCGGUGCAAAAGCAGUCGCAGCUGGAAUAUGCGGGACUUGGCGAGGAAGGAAAACAGGUGAUCAGUGAGGACAGACAGGUGAGUAAAUCAGUGAGACACAGCAGUGUGGAUUCCACCGAGGAGAGCGAGGCAGAGCAGCGCAGCAUCUACGAGUGUCUGGAGCUGCAGUGCGAGUGGCCGUCGCCCAACGUUAAAAGCAGCGCUAGCUUAGAGAGGAACUCAGGCGAGAAAAGGGGAGGUGGCACUGGAACAGGACUGGAGAGGGAACCUGACAUCUGGGGUGAGCUGGGAGAAACAAAACAAGAUUAUAAGGAAGAAGAAUCAAAUGACAGAUCCAGUCUGAUUAGGGAAGAUGUAGGCACAAGUGACCCAACCGCUGGAUCAAGUCCCCAGAUCUCCGACUCAGCUAAGACCAAAAUGUCCCGCAGUAGCACCAAACGACACAAUUCUGGAGGUGUUCAUGUCAGUUUCCGUCCUUCAACCGAGUCCGUUCAGUUCCACAACCCUCUGGAGACCAAGGAGGCCCACUGGAAAGCCAGGCUGCGUCGACUCAGUCACUUUCACACACACAGCCACUCGGCUGGGGAGAGAGCUGGCAGGUUGGGGUCAGGGACGGGAGGGAAGCCAGCAGCAGAGGGGACAGGUAAGUUUGGCUCUGGGACUGGAAGUGGCUGCAGAACAGGGUCGCAUGAGAAGUUUUUUCCUGGAACUACUGUGGAAUUUAGUGGGACAGGAAGUAUGGAUGGUGGCAGCCUGGAGAACAGGCCUGGUCCUGGUGGAGACAAGGACAAGCAGCAACCUGGAUCCUGUUUGGGAUCCAACCCGGGCCCUGAAAUCAGCUCAGAGGUCCUGCCCUGUAGCUCGGGCUCCUCGGCCAUGUCCUCUGUAGUGCGCGGACGAUUAGGACGUCCCGCCUUGCGAACUCGAGUUUCCCGCUCACGCUCGCAAGAGCCCGGCAGCACUACCGCACGUCACCACCAGGGAGCUCUUCUAGGUGGCGUCUAUAAGACUGUUGUCCACGCACUGUCCUCUAAACCUCGUCCCAGAGGCCAGGGAUCAUCCCAGGGCUCAUCACCUCAGCGUCAGGGUCGGGCUGCCAUGGGCGACGCGUCGCUAAAGGACCUCUACUCCCACGUCCUGGGCUACUUUGGACGAAAGACGCCCACGCCAGUUAACAAAGAGGAGGUGGUCCAGAAGGCCCGUCCAGUCUCCAGUGACGUGGGAAGCAGCAACCCAAACUUCUCAGACCAGAUGGAUGAAUUCAUUCAGGAGAGGCUGAGGGCCAAACGAACAGUGGGUCGCCGUGGCAGCAGCCCCGUGACCCUGGAGGUUCCCAGAGACUUGCCCGAGCUGCUGGAGGGCGGUCAGUCUUCAGCGUCACAUCAGGCAGCUGAUGAUGUUCCGUCGGCGUGGACGUCCCCUGCCAGCGCCAGCGGGUCUGAUGUCAUCAGCUUCGGCAGCCAGUCAGACUCCUUCAAUGCCUUUCAAUACUCAGCCUGCAAGUUUGAUAAUUUUACCUUUAGUUCAGACACUUGUGGAGGAGGAGCUGGGUCUGGAGGCGGCGGUCGAGGCAGCUCACUGGACCAGGACAGUCUGGGCGGGGGCUUAGCCUGUGAUGAGCAGGAAGUGGCCAGUUUGACAACACUUCACAUCGACUCGGAAACCAGCAGUCUUAGCCACACCGUCACUGUUACUGGUUCUGAGAGCGCUUCGCCCAUGCAUUCCCUUGGAGGUUCUCGUUCCCAGACCCCCUCCCCUGCCACUCUGACAGCCGAUCACUCUGAUCACACACACUCACACACACACCUCCAGCUGGACCAGAAACUCCACAACUCUGUUCUGCAGACCCCCGACGACCUGGAAACCAGUGAGUUCCCCACUGAGGACUGCAGUGUGAUGGCAGGCGGUUCUCUAACUGGGUGGCACGCAGAUGUUGCCACGGUGAUGUGGAGGAGGAUGCUGGGCAUCCUGGGAGAUGUUAACAGCAUCAAGGACCCAGAAAUCCACGCUCAGGUCUUUGACUAUUUGUGUGAACUGUGGCAAAACUUGGCUAAGAUUAGGGAUAAUUUGGGUAUUUCUUUGGACAACCAGUCGUCUCCCCCACCUCCUGUUCUAAUUCCUCCACUCCGAAUCCUCACCCCUUGGCUCUUUAAGGCCACCAUGUUGACGGAGCGUUUUAAGCAAGGGAAGCUUCACGCCUACAAACUUAUAUGCAGGAUCAUGAAGAGGCGACAGGAUGUUUCUCCAAACAUGGACUUUCUCACACACUUCUACAACAUCAUGCACCAAGGGUUGCUGCACCAGGACCAGGACAUUGUGAACACCAUCAUCAAACACUGCAGCCCAAGGUUCUUCAGCAUCGGUCUACCUGGGGCCACCAUGUUGAUGCUGGACUUCAUCGUUGCAGCUGCUAGAGUCACAGCCUGUUCGUCGCUCAAUGCUCCCAGAGUGGAGGCCCAGAUCCUCCUUGGGUCUCUUGUGUGUUUCCCUAACUUCUACGAGGAUCUUGCCGCCCUCCAUCCGACUACGGCUGACGUGGUGCUAACAAAGUUUCCUGACAUCAAGGAGCACAUAAUCAAAACCAUCCUGACUUCAGCCAGGGAGGAACCCUCGGCUCCUGCUAGGUGUGUGGCGUUGUGCAGUCUGGGUAUCUGGCUGUGUGAGGAGCUCUCGCAUGGGACUGAGCAUCCACAGAUUAAAGAUGCUCUCAAUGUCAUCUGUGUUACGCUGAAGUACCCCAACAAGAACGUUGCGCUGGUGGCUUCAGACAUCCUUCAUUUGCUGAUCAGCUAUGCGGAUCAUCUUCAGAAAUUCCCUCCAGAAAUGCCAAAGAAGAUUGUAGAGAUUUUGAUCGCUACCAUCACAUACUUGCUGCCCACGACAGAGUCCUCUCCUCAUGAACUGGAUAAGAGGCUCGUGGUGUCCCUCCUGUUGUGUUUGUUGGACUGGGUGAUGGCUCUGCCUCCUAAGACUCUUCUCCAGCCCAUACAAACACGAAGCCCUCCAGAGAGAGAGCAGCCCACCAAAACCCUGCUCAGCUGCAUAUACAAGGUACUCCAUGGUUGUGUGUAUGGAGCACAGUCCUUCAGCAGUGCCAAGUAUUUCCCCAUGCAGCUGUCGGACCUGUCCAGUCCGGACUACGACCCCUUCCUGCCUUUGGAGAGUCUCCGAGAACCAGAACCUCUGCACAGUCCGGACUCAGAGCGCUCCAACAAGCUGCAGCCUGUGACUGAAGUUCGCAGCCGCAUUCAGCAGGGCCUGGUUUCCAUAGCAGCUAGAACGGUUAUUACCCACCUGGUCAAUCAUCUGGGACACUAUCCCAUGUCUGGAGGUCCUGCGACACUGUCCAGCCAGGUUUGUGAAAACCAAGACAACCCGUUCUGUGAGAGCGCCGACCUCGGUCCAGAACUUUUUAAUUCACCCAACCUGCAAUUUCUGGUUCUGAACGGGACCACGCUGCUAUCAGUUCUUCAGAUUCGAUCCGAAUCCGGUGUACCAGGGGGUGGAAUGGCAGCGGGUUUGUCCUCCGCUCCUGCUUGUGUUCGUGUCAUCAUCCGAGACGUUGCCGGGAAGCACUCCUGGGACUCUGCCGUCCUCUACGGGCCUCCGCCAUGCUCCCCUAACAGUCCAGCACACACACUGUUACCUCAGACAGAGUCUCCGCACGGCACAAAUCUUCAUUUACACACCCCACCGGGAGGUCCGCUGAAAAGGAUGGAACUGAAGGAGGAAGAUGGCGAAGGAGAUGGGGGGGAGGAGAGGGGGAUGGAGGGUGACGGAAAAGACUCUCAGCUAGUAGGGGAGGUGCAAGGAGAGGAAAGGAACCUUAAUGAUGAAGAGAAGGAAGAGCAAGGAGAUGAUGGGGAAGAAGAGAGGGGCCAGGAGGAGGAGAGCAUUGACCAUCAACUAGAUGGGGAGUCGGGCUCGGAGCAGCUGCUAGCUCCUCCGCUGGCUAAGCGUGUGUGUCGGGAGGCGGUGCCAGCAUGGGAUUCGCUCAGAGAGGGAGAUGAUACUCUGGAUGAGAUGCUGCAGUACCUGGGAUACUCCAGUCCCGAGUGCCUGCAGAGAGCAGGAAUGCCUCUCAACAUCCCGGCUCCUCCUCCCGUCUGCGUCUCAGAGAAGCAGGAGAACGACGUGAUCAACGCCAUCCUGAAGCAAAGCGCUGCCGAGCGAGAGUUCGUCCUUCAUAGAGGUGAGGAGUUGAACAUGAGGGCGGUGCAGCAGACCGAACCAGAGACUGAAACGCCACAGUCGGCUUUCUACUAUUGCAGGCUGCUGAUCAACAUCCUGGGACUCAACUCCUGGGAGAAAAGGAGCAACUUUCACUUGUUAAGGAAGAACGAGAAGCUGCUGCGAGAGCUGAAGAACCUGGACUCGCGGCAGUGCCGCGAGACUCAUAAAAUAGCAGUAUUUUACGUGGCUGAAGGUCAAGAGGAUAAACACUCCAUAUUAACAAACACUGCAGGCAGCCAGGCGUACGAAGACUUUGUCUCAGGUCUCGGCUGGGAGGUGGACCUGACCACGCACUGUGGCUUCAUGGGAGGCCUUCAGAGAAAUCGCAGCACCGGCCAGACCACACCUUACUUUGCCACCUCCACCACCGAAGUCAUCUACCACGUCUCCACGCGCAUGCCUCACGACCAGGACCAAAACCUGACGAAGAAGCUCAGACACCUGGGGAACGACGAAGUCCACAUCAUUUGGUCAGAACAUUCCAGAGACUACCGGCGAGGGAUUAUCCCCACUGAAUUUGGAGACGUGUUGAUCAUCAUCUACCCCAUGAAGAACCACAUGUAUUCCAUCCAAAUACUCAAAAAGCCAGAGGUGCUGUUCUUCGGUCCGUUGUUUGAUGGCGCCGUCGUGGACAUGAAGAUCCUGCCCACGAUGGUCCGAGCCACAGCCAUCAAUGCGAGUCGAGCUCUCAAAUCCCUCAUUCCUCUCUAUCAAAACUUUUAUGAGGAGCGAGCCCGAUACCUGGAGAAUAUUGUGCAGCACCACCAGGAGCCGACCACCUUUGAGGAUUACGCAGCUCGAGUCUACAGCCCUGCUCCCUGCACUUACCUGCCCUCCGACACAGAUCGUUUUGUCUCACUGUAUAGCUAAAAGGCUCCUGCCUAGAGAGUCUCCGGGGAGAAAGUCCGGCUCUUGGGGAGGCCGGGAGCGAUUCGGCGUCCCCCAUGUCUCCUCGGACUAGCAAGACCCGCAUGUCCAUGAAGCUGCGACGCUCCUCUGGAUCCGCCAAUAAAACCUGAGCACCGAUGCGUGGUUUCGUCUCCGGAAACUGAAACCAACUUCUAGAAUCUGUGGUGUGCAUAAACGUUUCAACAGAAAACUGAAUUUCCCACGACUGAAGCUCUGUCAGAUGUUCUGUUACCCUCAUGUUUCGAUGUGAGUUUGUUCCCGUGUGCGUCUGCAGCUUUGCUUCACGUUAAAGCCGCAGCAACAGGCUGACUUUUGCCACAAAAAGAGAAAACUGUUCAGUAUUCGCUCACGUGUCAAAAACACUAACGUCACCAGGAAAAAAGCGAACGGGUGCCACAUUAUCCACAGAUCCAGACGCUUCGAGUAAAUGUGCUGAGAGGAAUCUGGAUGUGGACAGAAGCAGGAAGUAUUUAACUAAAUACAAGUAUUUUUCAUUCUGCUGCAUAAAGCUUUGAUGAUAAACAUGUUUUAUGUCGGUUUGUUCAGCCAUGAUGAUGUAAAACCUCAUUUCAGACACGCAGCUGACGAACAGCCCCACUACAAGUGUUCACUAAAUUUAAAUAUGAACUGUUUUUGGAGCCUAUAAGGAUCAAAAAGUCUUUUACACUCCGAAUAUUAAAGAGGACAAACUUGUUUCACGAAGCUUAUUUCGUUUGUAGCUCAGGUUGUAAAUGUGGGCGCGACGUCCUCCUGUUUCGUCAGCGAGCCGGGUGGGAACAGCAGACGAGCACUGAUGAUUCUUAUUUAUGUAAGUCGUGUUUUCACUCCACAAGUAUCCUAUGCUGCAUUUUAGUCCAGUAAGACAGAAAACCAUAGCUUUUCAUUCUGACUCUUUAUGUAUUCUGUAUAUCUCUAAAUGUAUAAGUAUAAAUAUAUAUAGUAGAUACGUGGGUAUCUAUGUACAGAGAGCCAGCUCGUUGUGUAAAUACUACGAUUGUGAGAAAAGCUGCCAAACCAAACUGUGGUUGAGCUCUACUACAUUUAAUCCAUCCCUGUUCCUCCAUCAGCUUGCACUUUGUUCUUCAGAAAGUUACAAAUAAUCUUAUUUAAGUCACCUUCAGGCAAACUAAAAGACAGGUGGAGCGUUCUGGGAAGCGUGGCGGUUGAAGUUUCACCGUCAGGCGUCGACUGAUUCAACAGUAUAGCUGCAGAUAUGGCGGUUUUACGUUUUAAGUCUGGUUUUCAGUGUUCGACUCGAUGCUUUUAAUGAUGGAAAACUGGGACGAAAACAUGAGAUUCUGUAGAUCAACAGCCAAAAACCAGGAGGCGGUUUUCUUCACUUGUUUAUUAAAACAUUUAUUCUGCUCUUGUCUUCAGAAACAAACCAUUUUUAAAUUCCCUCAUUGGAGUUUUCUCUGUAGAGACCCAGAUCUGUUAGCUUAGUGGGGGGAAUCAGGAUUAUUCCGGUUACUGUAGAUCUGAUCUCUGGAUGUUUAGAUCAGUUUUGUCAGUCUAACAGCUGUAUUUUAGUUUUUUAAGGUCCAUAUCUGCCACAGAAUCGCUGUAAUGUCAAAGGGAAACAACACAAACCCAACCAUAAACAAAUGCCGUUCUGCUGUGGUUUUACAUUAUUAUGUCAUAUCUGAGCUCGGCUGACCUUAAUCCUGAGGUUUGUGUCUCGUGGUCCGUCGGCCCGCUGCGAACCCGGUAAGAUCCGUACUGCUGUGUAUAAACUACAGAUUAUCUCUGUGUAUAAAACAACCUUUAAGAUGACCGGAGCCGGUCUGCUAUACGGCCAAAACUCAGACCCAGAACCACUUUCAUUCAUGAAAAUAUAGUUUUAUAGAUUAUUUUAAAAAAGUCUAGGAUGAGUUUGGCAUCAACCAAAAUCCUGCCUUCCAAAGCUUUUCAGUGUUUAGGUACAUCUGUAUGUUUUGGCUGUCUGAUGAGCAGAACAGGUGUGUUUUCGUCCAGCUGCUCCUCGCUGAUAAACCUGGCGAACCUCUGCUUCCUGAGCAGGUUCAGCUGCUGUCCACAUAUUAGCUGGUGUAUGCUAACUACUGAGUUACAACCUGCAUGACAACACUUCAGUACUAACUGCAUGUAUCAACACACACACACACACACACACACUUGGAGAGUGUACACAUGUUUCACAUCUGUUUCUGACACACAUUGUCAGCAAUGAACGUUGAGAAUAAAGGAUUCGUAAAAAG